AUGGGCAUUAUAAAUAUCUCGACAAAUGGUGCAUUCUUGGUCAUUACGCGUCUGGAUGUUUACGGGAGCACCGGUAACCUUCCGCUGAAAGAGCUCUUUGUGGUGGCUUUGUUCGACUGGAUAGUGGCAGUGCAGGGAAAGUGAGUGUUUGUUCUGUAAAGAAUUGUGUUGUGCGAUCGAAUCGAUCGGUGAUUUUGUGCAUUCAUUCAUUGUGUCUACACACAAGUGCCAUUGAGACGCUGUUACGCAAAGUGUUGUGAGCUGCGUGAUAGGGUGAAGAAUUAGGAAAGCGAACGGAAUUACUACAAGUGCCACAGAAUGAUGCAGCCAUUAAAGUUGUUGUUUGUGCUGUUAGUGUCCAGCGCAUCGGUGCGAGCCUUCUGGUGGUCUAGCCCAUCGAAUGAUCCACCGGUGGCCAGCAAACAGGUGCAGUACGUCCGUGCUUUUACCUACCAACCGGUGGCAUUUCCAGCGCACUCUCUCCUAACACCGCCAGCGCCGUACAAAUUCAUCCAGGCCAGUCCGGCGGCCAUUAUACCGACGGCCAAACAGAUCAACCCGGUACAGCCCACCAGCCAGCAGCCCGUCCAGCCGGUACAGCAGCAGAGCAGCAGUAGUCCGUUCAGUAGCUUCUUCGGCAGUGCUUUCGGAGGGUUUGGCCAACCCGGUACCAGUAACUCCGUCUUGGGAGUUGAUCGGUCGAACUCCAUCUCCUCAGUCCCAUCGUACCAGCAGCAGCAGCAGCAGCAACAGCAGCAGCAGAUGCACCAGCAGCAACAGCAACAACAUCAGCAACAAUUACAGCAAGCCCAACAGCAGCAGCAGCAGCAGCAGCAACAACAACACCAGCAACAUCACCAGCAGCAGCAACAGCAGAUCGUACCAGUCCUAUCCUCACCUCCAGUGACACCCUCACCGAGUGAAGUGCCAAGCGGCAACCAAGGACUACCUCCGGCGGCCGCCUUCUACCAGGGCCAGCAGCAUCCGAGCAAGUAUCCGUACUUCACGAUGGACCAGGUGCAGUACCUGUCCGGGCUGCCUUCCAACACACCGCAGACACCGCAGGUCCAGUUUGUGCCCUGCAUGUGCCCGAUCGCGGUCAACGUGCAGAGCAACCAUGCGGAGCUCGCCGACAAGCGAUUAGACGAAACGACCACGACCGAUGCGGAAGUGGUCGUGCCGAGCGGUGAAAGUGAAAAGUGAGGCACGUUCUACAGCAGCGAAGAAGCGGAAUCGACGCAAGGUGGAGCGCGAUGUUGUGAGGGACAAACAAAAGUGUUCUAGUUGUGCUAUUUAUUUUUGAAUGUUUGUUUCACGUUGAAACUGCGAGUUGGUGGAAUGAGCAAUUCCUUUGAAGGUUUGCGCGGUCAAAUCAAAUCCCCUUUACCGUACAGUAUAGUACCCCCGUGUUAUGUACUGACCAAGCCACACCUGAUAGAUGACUGAUUAAAUUGAUAGUGAGAAGUAUAAAAAUAAAUCAAUUAUUCUACCGAAAAAAAUCCUUCUGCUGCGCUGUUGUGCUUUUACGCUAAUUAGAACACGAGGAAAAGCUAAUGCUCUCUCAUUACUCAUCCACCUUCGUUACGCUUCCGAACGUGCAAACGAUCUUGGUGGCGUGCUGGAGAAGAAUUAAUCAUUCAAUCGACAGGUCCAGGAACGAUCGAAUCUCACAUCUUGUGGUCUACAUCUUUCCCAAUCUGGGCCCAACAUUUCUCUGCCUUGUUAGCCCAUUUCUUGGGUCAGUCUUCCACCACUGCAUUCCUGAUCUGCCACAACUUGGGGUUGGUUUGGUGGUGGGGCGCCUGAGGGAAUUAAUCAUCCUCCGACCGGGCUAAUCGAUUUACGGUCCGCAAAGCGACCGGCGAUCCAUCAGCACAGGGCGCAGACAGUAAUUGGGCUCCGAUCAUCAAUCAUCGAUCGUUGACGGAGAUCUGUCAAUUUGGGUUUGGGCUUGAGGGCGGUUGAGGUUGAAUGUAUGGCCGUGCUGUGUGCUCCAUUUGUUAGCUUCCUCUUGGGACGAGCUUAAGGGUAGGAU